UUACGGGGUGUCUGGAGACUUGAAGCUUACUCUUGUGGGACCCUUAUAGUUUUUGGCUCUCGGAAACUAAAAGCUCGGGUCCUUGUGUUCAUGGCGGGCUCUGUUUCCGGCCAGCCUCAUUACCGAGGAGUGAGGAAGAGGCCGUGGGGUCGCUACGCCGCCGAGAUUAGGGACCCGUGGAAGAAGACCCGGGUCUGGCUCGGCACGUUCGACACGCCGGAGGAAGCAGCAAUGGCCUACGACGGCGCCGCCAGGUCUCUCCGCGGCACCAAGGCCAAGACCAACUUCCCGGCUCCGUUGACAAGAGGGGAUCUCUCCCUCGACCUCAACGUCUCCUCUGCCCAGUGGGCCUCCCACUCCGGCAGAUUCGUCGAGUUUCUCCACACCGGGGUCUUGAAUGACGUGGUGAAGAGCGAGGUCGACGCGGCGGCGACAUCGUUCGUGGUGUCCAGGGGUCCUCGGCCUUCGGUUGUGGGGAGCAGCUUGGUUCAGGAAGGUUCCAGCACGGCGUCGUAUCUUGGGUUCGUCCGACGUGGCCUGCCCAUUGACCUUAACGAGCCUCCUCCGUUGUGGCUGUAAACGACCGGACCACGGUGUUGCAUGGCUGCAAGCGUUUACUUCUCUAGUCAGUUCCAGUAGGACGUCGUUUUAAGUGUUCUUCAUUUUCAUCUGUUUCUUCAUCUUUCCUGUGUUUUCGGAUGUUUGAAGAUCAAUAAAACUUCUUUAGUCUGUUUAGUGAAGUGUAAUGUAACGAUCGAGAUUAGUAGAGACGGAUGUUGCUAGCUUUUAACUUA